AUGGCUGAAGUGUUCAACGACCUCUCCAGUGAGUUGAAUCGCCGGAAAACGUCAAAUCAACGAAGAGGAAGCCUCAGUGCUCCAGGACUGGCGUUCCUUCGAGUGGGACCGUCCAGACAGGAGAAGAAAGUUUCGGACGCAGUAGGCAUGAAUGAACAGCCAAGGCGACGAACAGUUGUGGAAGAUAAUUCAUUGGAGGAUUCGUCUGAAUGGCUGGCAGCAGAUGGGCAGACGGAUAGAGAUCCUCCGGAACCCCCUAAGGGAGAGAAAGAUAAAGAGGGAUCGCCGGGGACUCCGAAUACUACUGUAGCUCAAUCCAAUUGGGACUCGAAUUUUAUCUCACUCUUUGUCUCCUAG